AUGAAAAAUAAUUUUUUCUCAUAAGAGUUUAAAGCUUUAGCUCUAAUUAAUACAUAUAAUGUAGUCCUAAAUGAAAGGAAAAGAGCUCGUUAAUGUACAAACUUCUAAAUUGCUUAAAAAAAAUUAGAAGAAUCUAGUAUCAAAAUCAGAAGAAAAAGUUGUCAUUGUUAAUUAUGUGGUAAUAUGAGUGCAUUUUAAUUUGAUAUGAUGAAUGUUCCAUUCUAAAAAAAAGAAUUAUAAGUUGAAAAUAUAGAACCUUAAAUUUAAGAGACUCUUAAUUAAUCACCAUGUAUGUAUAUUCAUAAUAAAUUAGAGAGAAGAAGUAUUUUUUAUCGUUUGCAAUCAUUAAAACCUCCAGAGAAUUUAAAAUUAAGACUCUCUUUAAAGAUUCAUGGAUGUGACAAAAAUUUUAUAAGGCAAAACACACUGCAAUAAUUAAUAGCAGAAAACAAUGAAAGAUCAAGAAAAGGAAGUUUAAAUGGAAGUGUAAUUGUUAAUACUUCAACAUCAGAAAAUCAUUCGGUAAAAUCUCUUAAUAUCAAUUCUUGUUAUGAAUAAAGUCCAACAAAACUUUAAUCACCUCUUAAUGAAGCCACUUCUGGUAGACAAUUAACAACGAGCUCAACAAGCUCAAAAAAACUCAAAAUAAUGAGUACAUAUUUCUCAUAAUCAGCACGUACACUAAAAACUACUCAAUUCUAAUAAAUUAGUAAAUAAAAAGGAUUGAUAUUGCCUAAAUUAACAUAAAAAAAGAGUCAAAUCUGA